UCAAUAUGUUUGCGUCAAUGUGCUCUCUGUACUCGAAGUUGACGAACGUAUACGUUCUUCGCGCUGUUGAAUACCUCUUCUGACGCCGCCGCCGCCGCUGCAGCGAUGAUUGUAAAAAGUUCACCGUAAAAUCAAAAGAAUCGAGGUGAUGAUUGUAAAGUGACUAAAUUCGGUGCAGUGAAAACAUUGGGGAAACGAGAAAAAAAAGUCACUGCGGAAAAGAUAUUAUCGAAAGAGUUGUUUUUGUUGUGCGGUUGUAGGCUAGGAAGAAACAGGAAAAAGCAGUCGCCGGAAUGGAGGUUCUGGCUUCGGUCAGCUCGGUUCUAUCGAUGUUCGCGUUAACUCCCGUCAUCAGCCUUAUGUUCUUCAUUAUAUUUCUGGCCUCGAUUGGGAAAUCCUUGGGUGUGCGCCGGAUGUACGUGAGCCUACUGGUGAAGAUUUUUGAGUAUGGCCGUCAAAAUAUCGAGUCCAUCCGGAAGCAACAGUUUGCCAACCUGGACACAUCGGACACGGAUGACGGCAGCACCCAAGCUGGCAAAGAAACCGCCGAUGCUGGUUCCGAGGGCGACAAACCGGACUGCGCCAGCAAACUCAACGGUAACGCCAACAAGCAUCUCUCGAACGGUGACCUCGCCAACGGAGGCAACUCGGUCAUAAGUCGUGUUGAGUCGCUUAUUCUGCUGCCGGACGUCGACGGCACCCGGAGCAAGAGCCGCGAAUCGAAUCACGAGGACGGGCAAAAUGACUCUUUAGAGUUUAAAUUAUCAAACUGUUUGGAUUACGUUAAAUCCGGAAUGGAAGCAAUCAUCGAAGAUGAAGUGACAAGUAGAUUCGAGGCAGAAGAGCUGAAGAAUUGGAAUCUGCUCACUCGAACGAACCGGCAUUAUGAAUUUAUAUCGUUGAAGCUAACCAUUAUCUGGGUGUUUGGGUUCUUUAUUCGAUAUGUUAUUCUAAUGCCAAGUAGAGUAUUUAUCUGUUUCGUUGGGGUCGUCUAUUGCGUGAUAGGAUUUGCCAUUGUCGGCAUAAUACCCCAGCGGAAGCUGCGAGUGCGCGCGAAUGAUUAUGUGUUCAAACGUACGUUCCGCAUAAUCUGCCGCUCCUUGUCCGCGGUGAUUAGAUUCCACAACGCACAGUUCAAGCCAAAAAAUUGUGGCUUUUGCGUCGCGAAUCAUACGACUCCAAUUGAUAUUGCAAUUCUUUCAACAGACCACUCCUACUCUUUGGUCAUGUGGUUGACAUUAUGCACGGCACUGGUCGGUUGCAUACCGGAAGGACCCACCAAACGAUGGAUGGUGAAGAUGGUUUUGAUACAGUGCUUCGGUGUACUCUCGAGUGCCCUGUCGUCCGUUGUCAAUUAUCAUAACUUAGAGAAUCGCCCAUUAAACGGCAUCUGCGUGGCGAACCACACAAGUCCCAUCGAUGUGUUAAUGUUAAUGUGUGAUAACUGUUAUUCGUUGAUUGGGCAAAGACACGGCGGCUUUUUAGGAGUAUUGCAGCGAGCUCUGGCACGGGCUUCGCCACACAUCUGGUUCGAGCGUGCGGAAGCAAAAGACAGAAUGGCAGUUGCUAAAAGACUGAAAGAGCACGUGUCGGAUCCUAACAAUCCACCGAUUCUGAUUUUCCCCGAGGGUACUUGCAUCAACAACACUUCUGUAAUGCAAUUCAAAAAAGGAAGUUUCGAAGUUGGAGGUGUGAUCUACCCAGUUGCGAUAAAAUACGAUGCACGGUUCGGAGACGCGUUCUGGAACAGCUCGCGAUAUUCGAUGAUGCAGUAUUUAUACAUGAUGAUGACAUCGUGGGCAAUAGUAUGUGAUGUCUGGUAUCUUCCUCCGAUGACGCGCGGCGAGGACGAAUCCGCGAUCGACUUUGCCAACCGGGUGAAGGGCGUAAUCGCGAAACAGGGCGGUCUGGUCGACCUGGUGUGGGACGGCCAGCUGAAGCGCAUGAAGCCAAAGAAGGAAUGGAUGGAGAAGCAGCAGGAAGAGUUUACCAAACGACUCAAGGGAGAAUGAGUCACAACAACCAAGGCGAAGUACGGAGACACAGGUUGACCCAGUCAAGCAAGAAUUUCAAUUUAUGCCAAUAUGCUCGAUAUCAUGUGCAUGUGCAGCUUUCUGCUAUCAUUUUCGAGAGUUUACGUGAAUUUUUAUUAUUGUAGAAUAAAUACUCUAUCUUCAAAUGCGAAAUUUCAGGGACAAAUAUUGCAAAUGACCUGUUUUACAGACAUCUAUCGAAUUUUAAUCAAUCCAGCACCCGAAAAGUUAUCUGUGAUCUUUGAAAAGGGUUGCUUUAGUAGAAUAAACUCUACAAUUAUGUCGACGCACUAGUAUGCUAAUAAUUACAAGCACUAGAAAACAAAAUGUGACUCGUUGAAAGCAUUGCACAACACCGAAUUUGGGCCUAAAAAUACUACUUGAAAAAACUACAAUCUGAAUUAAGAAAAAUAAACUAUGCUUAUCCAUAAUUUCUCGGAAGUUAGGAUUCCAGCUUGUUGUGCAGUGUAACAUCAUUUUAUAGUUGUUUGAUGCCUGAUGGACGUUUUUUCAAUUAUUUCAAGACAAAAUGAACCUUUUCGCGCCCCCAAUUGUGGAUUAACCAAAUAAGAAACUGAUACUAUUCAGUAACUCUCUACCUACCUGGGCUAUUCUAGCUUUCAAUCAAACCUGAAAUUUUCGAUUCGAUUGAGAAUUUGAAAAAAAGCUCUAUAUAUUUUUUUCUCUGCUUUAAACUAUUUUCUAAAUUUUCAUCUUUCACGUGAAAUUAACAAUUAAAAUAAAUACAGAACCAACGUAGUCUGUUGUCGAUUAUGCAUUGGUACAGCUGGUAAAGCCAAUUGAUGUUGUGGGUCCUAAUUUGCACUAAAUAGAAUAACUAAGUGAUAUGCGCAGUCUAAACCUCAACAUUAAGCUUUUUUGAAAAUGCGGCAAAGCCCUAUGUAUUAUAUCGUUUAGUACACACCACAUAUUUGACUCAUUGUAAUAUAUGAAAUAGAGAAAUUUACUAAAUAAGACUGAACAAAACUAUUUUUGACUAAGAUUAAUGGCAUGGUCGCUGUGCGAGUCGAGCAACUGAUAAUUCAUCGAAAACAAAAAGCGGUGGAAGGCUUAGUGAUAGUAUUUAGCUUUUUCGGUGCAUUUAGUUUACGGGCACAAUACCAAUGUGAAUUUUUCAGUUUUGUUUUAGUUACAAAAAAAUAGUCACAAUACGUCAAUUUAUACGAUGCUGCAAAACAAGAAGGAGAAAGAGAGAUGGACAAUCACACACCACAGCUUAGUUUGGUAACAAAUCGGUUGUAAAUUUAUCAAAUUUUAAGCGCACAAAUCAAAAGACAGACAACUCAGUGUUAUUGUGCAGAUCGCGAUUUAAAGAAGGCGUCCAUAUUCUCUACAAGAAAGACAGUAGUUCCUCCAGCCAAAUCUUAUCACGAAAUUGGGUAGGUUUCCUUCAAAAAACCUUCAUCAUAUUUGCGGGUAGAUCGUUCCAGUUGUAAAAAAAAGAAGUCAAAUCAGUGUUUUAACAAUAUUCAAAUCACAAAUAUUGUGUAGUGCACCAUCGUACCUACUAGGAGUUGUUUGAGUACAUGAUUUCAAUUUUCAUUCUUCAAAAGAACGGCUGCCCAAACCAGUCCUAUUACAGCAGUGUAGACUUUCCAGUGCUCCAGUAAGUAGUGACUACGAUAUUCGGUUCGAGCCAUCGAUUGAAAUAAAAAUAAGAUUUUUGUUAAA